GGUUAUUCCUUCAUUACUUUAACACAUCCUUUCCUUUUCUUCUCUGCUCUUUUUUUUUCUUUUUUCUUUUUCUUUUUUUCCUUUUCCUUGUCAUUCUUAUAAUUGAUAAUAAGGAGCUCCAAGGAUUUUUUGUUUCGCUCCUUGUAAAAGAAAAAAGAUCGAGAUCAAGAUGGCCAGCAUCAAUCAUUUGGGCAAUGAGUCGCAGGCAUUUCGUGCCCGCUUUACGUCUCAAAAAGGCGCAUUACCCCCAGUUCCCUCCUCCUCUUCUGAGAUACGAGUCAUUCCUACUCGAGUGGAUACAAAGUCCGGGCAGCGAAUCAUCUUAUGGAAUGAUAUCUGCAGUGAGUUCCCCAACGCAAGCCGGAUUGUUAACAAGGAGGGUCAAUCUAUCUUAUUUUUGACAGAUGAAAACUUUGAGUACUACAACCCAAAGAGGAUCUCUGCGCAACCAGGAGAAGUGCUUGAGGUAGUUGUGCCCGAUGCUGGAAUAGAGACCAAUAGCUCUGUCAGUGAGGGUUUGGUAUCGGAUGUGACGCAUCCACAAGGUUUAAAGAAAGAAGAAGAAGUGGACAUGCUCGAAAUAAAAGAUCUCCCCAUCUCAGAAUCGACUGCGACUCUUGACACCAAAUUCCUCCUUGCAGAGGCCGGAAUCACAGAACUCCAACUCAUCCCUAGUUCUUCCGCUUUGGCAGCAACGACUGAGGGCUUGAAUGUAGAUCUCGUUAUGGAGAGUCAAAAGCUACAUGCCGAAAAUGUAAAGAAAGCUCUACGGUACUAUUUCGAUAAGCUGCAGGCACAGGCCGAAGAGAACCGGCGUUUGCAUGAACAACAACUCGUAUUGCAGGAGGAAAUCAACCAGACUCAACGGAGGAUUGAUGAGGAGAAUCGACAAUGGCAUCAAAAGAUGGUAGAUCAACAACGGGAGAUGCAAAAAUCCUUUGACGAGAAACAAAAUCUUAUGAUCCAAAUGCAGGAACAGGCACUGGAGCGCCUCGUGAUUAUCCAGGAUCGAGUCCAAGCAGUGCUCACACAGACCUAUGAACUGCAUGAAUAUCCAAUUCCACAUCUGUUCAUUGUCUUGCCUAAAGUCGUCAGGGCCAGAGAUUCUUAUUCCAAACCAUUUUCGAACCAGUUCCGGCUCUUCUUCUUGUGCGAAUGUGGGAAACAUACCAUGACAGAAAACAGUACUAUCCCACAUGAGAUCCAUUUAGCUAAACAUGAAGGAUAUGAUAUCGAUCGGCCUACAGACUUCUUUGAUAAAUAUGGCCCCUACGUGUUGACUAUGAUGCAGAUGGUCAAGUUCGGAUUCGCAGCCGCAGGAGUUGUCGUACCAGCAUUGAACAACACAGGAUUAAUCGAAGGCAUGGAUGCCGUUAAGAGUGGCCUCGAUUUCGCCCAAAAAUCUUUUGGUUCCCUAGUGGAUGACACCAUCAAUUUCAUCAACGACCAAACCUCAAAUGCAAAUGGGGGCAUGGAUGCCGCCGCUGACAGCAAUGACCACCUCAAACUCGAUAAAUUGGAGGUCCUAGAGGGCGCUGAUUUACGUCAACUCGAGUCUUAUCUAAAGGUUCAGGAUUCUGGACGUGUCCUGGGUAAUCUUUACAGAAUCGUGACCCAGGAGGGCAAGGUCAAAUGGGUCUGCAUCGACCACUACCGCGAAAACUACAAAACGUCAACGAUCAAAAACCUGAAGGAUGCAGUGACGGCCAACCGUGGAGAAUUUCCUAAAGGGGAAGGGAAAGUUGUCAUCACGUUCAGUAGCAGUUCUAUGGCCAAACAGUUUUAUGAUGUACUCGUCAAGGCUCGUGGCGUCCAGACACUUGAUAUUACUUUGGGCUGGGAUGUAACUAUGGAUGAUCUCCGCAAAUUGGCUAAUACAGCCACAACAUCCAAUAUCCUACAUCUCAAGUUGAAUGGCAAGCAUUUCAAGGGCCCCAACCGAGACAUCAUUAACAACAGUCGUCGAUUUGAUCCAAUUCUCCAACUUCUUCAGAACCAACGAAUCCAAGCACUCGAACUAUAUGAAUUCAGAGAUCUCUAUGAUCAUAUUUCGACAGCUAGCCUAGGAAAGGCGCCUCAAAUGCGUACACUUGUUCUGGGCAGUAAUUUUAACCCCCUAGACGAAGAAUCCAAGUCUAUACUGACCAGAAUCCUACAGGCUUGUUCUGGGCUUGCUAAGCUGACAGUUUGGACCACGGAUUUCCGAGUUACUGCUCUUUACUUGACAGAUAAACUGGGAUAUGUUCUCAACUUGGAUACCUUGACGGUUGUGGACAAUGCCUUGUCCUUCUCGAUGGACAUCAAGAUCUUCCAAGGCACUGUCCGAGGAGCCGUUUUAACAACUUCAGCCGAACUAACGCCUAUUUGCCCUCAUAUCGAACAGUUUAUCGGCUUGGGUCAUCUAACUCAUAUAUUCGCUAAGCAGGUGACAGAAGAUAUUGAGGAGAACGCGUGGAUGGAGAUCCUUACACAUAGCCCAAAAUUAUCUGAGAUCCAGAUCGAGUGCAACAGCAGCUAUUCAUUCGGCUUUAUCAACUUGAUUUCGUCUAUUCGGCCCAAAGUAUUUUCUUCUGGAGGUUAUUGCUCCCUUCAUAUUUUGAGAUUGCAGGAAGAUGGCGUCCCUUUCAUCACUCUCGAGUUCUCAGUCGAGGCUGCAGCAGCAGUCUACACCGUCGACCUCAACACCUCAAAGUUCCCACGAACAGCACCUCUCAACCGACUGAAGGAACUGUUACGAAAGCAAGGUUCUCUCUUGGAACAACUGACCUUAGAUGCAGAAUUCACAGAUGAGCAUGCCACGACCCUAGACAUGGUAACAAAGGAUGAAGGAUCUAAACUUCGAUCUCUUCGACUUCGACCUGACUCCCUUACCUCAGUUGGGUGGGAAUGCAUUGAUCGGAUCAUUUCACGUUCUCCAGAAUUGGUCCGGUUGGGUGUGGAUUUGUUUGAUAUAGAUAACAAGGAGAAACUGGCGCUCGCCGAACAAUUCUUGACUAAACAUGCAUCCAGGUUAACUCGCCUUAGCUUGGAUGGUUCAUUGGCUGAAGAGUGGGUGCCUCGAUUUAGUAAGGUUAUACCUACAAGACUAAGCCUGCCUCACUUGGAUACCUUUGAGAUCAACUGCCAUGAGAAACUUGAUACAUCACCUCAAAUUGCUGAAUGGAUCACAGCCAUGGUCUUGGGGCCUGGUCGUAAAUUGCCUUCAUCCGAUUCCCCAAACAAGCAGAAUGAAUUAUCCUCAAAUGCUGCCCAACAAGAAGAUAAAGAUGAUGAUAAUGAGAAGGAGACUACGACAGGACUUGAGCUCAUCAAAUCGGAGAGCGAAGAAGGGAAAGCCUUGAAUAUGUGGACUCCCUUGGAUUUCAUUCGAUUGGAAGAGAUUCAGCUUUCGACUCGAACAUGGCAAACUUUGAUCGAAGCAAUUGACUAUGCUGCAUUGGAUGAGUUAUCUGUUCGGGAGACAAACUUCGAUCUGGGUCAGCUCUAUGUGCUAGCAAACUGUCUUCCAGAAGAUAGCAAGAAGCCUGCACCUUUGAGGUUGCUCCAAAUUGGCAACACUCGGUUGGACGGUGACGGUACUAGGGACUUGGAUUUACCAAAGGAGCUGACGUCUGCUCUGCGUAGAAGAGCGCCCCUUGCCAAAAUUGAGAAAUAAAUUAUCUUACCC